UAUGUUUCCGGCGCGGAUGUCACCGCGGUGCUAAUGCGACGGCUGGAGAAAUCGAGGUGGAAGAAAGGGAUUAAUUAGAGCUAGUGGCGGUACUGAUCCAGAAAGGUGACUUUCGAGCUUUUCGUUACGAAAAACAAACACGUAGAUCUCGGUGAACGGCUUAAAGGAGCGGUUAUUUACGUGUCUGACUCGAUCUGAGAUUUAGGGAUGAACUGAACUGAAAAUGAAUGUCAACCAGCAACCUCACAUGGCUUCUCCUUAUGGACAGCCGCAGUCUGGCUACCAGGGAUACCCACCCUCUGGUUAUGGGGGUCAGCAGGUGCCCGGGGGUUAUGCGGCUCAGUAUCCUCCAUACAACGGGCCUGCCUCUAACUACCAAACAGGUCCACCUCAAGGAUAUACUCCUUAUGCAAGCUUUCCCUCUAAGGCUCUUGCGGCAAACUUAGUCUCUGACCUGUCCUCUUCCUCUCAACUUGACUUGGGUAUGAGAGGACCCCCCACCUCCAGUGCACCCCCGGUGUCUGCAGCUCAGCCCUACUCACAGUUUGGGCAGAGUGACGUACAGAACGGCCCACCAUCGAUGGGUGCCCCUUCACAAAGGCCACCUGUGUCUCAAGGAGCAAUGAACUUGACAGGUCCUCAGCCUGCAUACAACCAGCAGUUUGCGGCAUCACCCACCAGUAUGCAGCAGGUGACCAGUCAGAUGGCAGGCAUGCAGGUUGGGGCCACUGUACCCUCCUCAGCUGGCUCAGGCUUCGCUCAACCUGCCACCUCCCACUCUCCUGGUUCAGCUCCUCCAUCCUCUUUUGCCCCCACUUGGCCCCCACCCACUUCUGGUGCGCCCCAUACAUCAUCUCAGUCCUAUUAUGGCGCUCCUCCUUCUCAGCAACCAUUCCCAGGUACAGCCCUACCUCUCUCCUCUGCCUCUGGUCCUACCCAGCUCCCUCCUCCACCCUUGGCUUCACAGCAGGCUUACACUCAGGCCUCUCCUCCCUCACAGCCUCAAUUCUCUUCAGCCCCACCAACAGGUCCUACUGCAUCAUAUGGAGGCCCACCACCACCAAUGCAGACCACACACCCUAGAGCACCCCUUCCCACUUCCCAGCCUUCGGCUUUCUUCAGAGGGCCUCCACCCAGCUCUGCUCCAUCUCAGUACCCCGCAGCCAUGCCCCCUGCCUCACAGCCCUCUCCAUUCCACUCAGGUCCUCCUCCACCUACUGCUGCUGGUGGUUUUCCACCUCAAGCAGGUGCACCACCCAGGCCUCCACAGUCAGUCAUGCAAGGUCCUCCUAUGGCCUCUCAGGGGCCUCCCAUGUCCCAAGCAAACCAUGUGACCCCUCCACAGCCUGGGAUGUUGCAUGGACCCGCUGCUCCUGGAAUGGCACUACCCCAGCCAGGGAUUCAAGGUUAUCCACCUCAGCAGAAUGGUGCUUUUGGGCAAGUAAGAGCUCCUCAGCCUGGCUAUAGUGGACCAUAUCCUGGGCAGCAAGGCUACGGAGCUCCACAGACUGCACAAGCUCCACCUCCUGCAGCAAAGAGGCUUGAUCCAGACUCCAUCCCCAGCCCGAUUCAGGUGAUCGAGGACGACAAGGCAAACAAAGGCACCGAGCCUUUUUUCACUGGGGUCAGAGGUCAAGCUCCACCCCUGGUCACUACCAACUUCCAUGUUAAAGAUCAAGGGAAUGCAAGUCCACGUUUCAUCCGUUGCACAACCUAUAACAUGCCAUGUACCUCGGACAUGGCCAAACAGUCCCAGGUGCCACUGGCUGCAGUCAUCAAACCUCUGGCUACUCUGCCUCCAGAUGAGAACCCUCCCUAUCUAGUGGAUCAUGGGGAAAGCGGACCUAUUCGCUGUAAUCGCUGUAAGGCCUACAUGUGUCCCUACAUGCAGUUCAUUGAGGGUGGAAGACGCUUCCAGUGUAGCUUCUGCAGCUGUGUCACGGAAGUGCCUCCCCAUUAUUUCCAGCAUCUGGACCACACAGGGAAGCGUGUAGACUGCUACGACCGACCCGAGCUGUCCUUUGGCAGCUACGAGUUUGUAGCUACAGUGGAUUAUUGUAAAAACAAUAAGAUUCCUCAGCCUCCAGCCUUCAUCUUUUUAAUUGACGUGUCAUACAAUGCUGUGAAAAGCGGCAUGGUGAGGAUCGUAUGCCAGGAGCUUAAGACUCUGUUGGACUAUUUGCCCAGAGAGAACCCUGAUGUGGAGUCCAAUAUACGAGUAGGUUUUGUAACCUACAACAAAGUGCUGCACUUCUACAAUGUGAAGGCUUCUCUGGCUCAACCUCAGAUGAUGGUGGUCUCAGACGUGGCAGACAUGUUUGUUCCCUUGUUAGACGGAUUUCUUGUCAGUGUCUCGGAGUCCAGGGUUGUCAUUGAGAGUUUGUUGGAUCAGAUCCCUGAGAUGUUUGCUGACACACGAGAGACAGAAACAGUGUUUGGUCCUGUUAUCCAGGCUGGACUGGAAGCGCUUAAGGCUGCAGACUGUGCUGGAAAGCUGUUUGUCUUCCACACAUCUCUGCCCAUCGCCGAAGCUCCAGGCAAGCUGAAAAACAGGGAAGACAAGAAACUGGUUGGCACAGACAAAGAAAAGACUUUGUUCCAGCCCCAAGUGAGCUUCUAUGCUAACCUGGCGAAGGAGUGUGUGGCACAGGGCUGUUGUGUGGAUCUCUUCUUGUUCCCUAAUCAGUAUGUAGACGUGGCAACAUUAGGGGUUGUACCCACUUCAACAGGAGGUUCCCUCUACAAAUACACCUAUUUCCAGGCCCAGUCUGACCAGGAGAGGUUUCUGAACGAUCUGAGGAAAGAUGUGCAGAAGCAGGUUGGCUUUGAUGCAGUGAUGAGGGUUCGCACAAGCACCGGUAUCCGGGCCACAGACUUUUUCGGUUCAUUCUACAUGAGCAACACCACAGACGUAGAGCUGGCAUGUCUGGACUGUGACAAAACCGUCACAGUGGAGUUCAAACAUGAUGACAAGCUCAGCGAGGAGACUGGCGCACUUUUCCAGUGUGCUGUGCUAUACACCAGCUGUGGUGGUCAGCGGCGACUGCGGAUCCACAACAUGGCAGUGAACUGCUGUGCACAGCUGGCUGACUUGUACAGGAACUGUGAAACGGACACCAUCAUCAACUACUUUGCUAAGUAUGCGUAUCGCGGUGUAAUGAACAACCCAAUCAAGAACGUGCGAGACAGUAUGGUGAACCAGUGUGCACAGAUCCUGGCCUGCUAUCGCAAGAAUUGUGCUAGCCCAUCUUCAGCUGGCCAGCUGAUCCUCCCAGAGUGCAUGAAGCUGCUUCCUGUGUAUCUCAACUGUGUACUGAAGAGCGAUGUUCUGCACCCUGGAGCAGAUGUCUCCUUAGAUGAUCGUGGAUAUCUGAGACAGCUGGUCAGCGCUAUGGAUGUGGCAGAGAGCCAUGUGUUCUUUUACCCACGUCUGCUUCCAGUGCACAAGUUGGAUGUGGAGAGUGAUGCUCUGCCCAUGGCAGUCAGGGACUCUGAAGAGAGGCUAUCUAAAGGGGGCAUUUACCUCCUGGAGACUGGCCUGAACCUUUUCCUUUGGGUGGGUGUAAACACCCAGCAGGAGCUUCUCCAAAACAUCUUUGGCACCCCUGCUUUUAGCCAGAUCGACCCUGACAUGACCUCUUUGCCGGCGUUGAAUAAUCCAUUCUCUAAGAGGCUGAGGGAGAUUAUUGAGUCUUUCCGUGCCCAGCGCUCUCGCUACAUGAAGCUGGUGGUAGUAAAGCAGGAAGACAAACUUGAGCUCAUCUUCAAGCAUUUUCUUGUUGAGGACAAAAACAACAAUGGUGGAGCUUCUUAUGUGGACUUCUUGUGUCAUAUGCACAAGGAGAUUCGCACCCUUUUGAGCUAGGACAGCUUCCCUUGCCCUUUUUAUUUGACAAACCAGUUCUGUUCUCCUGUCAUUUCCCCUCCUCUAAUGUAACGUUCUGUAAACGCAGGAGGAAAAUCAGUUUCUUUCUAUACUCUGUCACAUUCUUUUGUCUGUCCAUGAUUUGGUCGCGGUGUGGGUUUGUGGGGGGCGGGGGGUGUGUGUGUGUGUGAGAGAGAGAGAGAGAGCGUGCGAGAGCGAGAGAGAUCAUGUUGGUGUACAUGAAUUGGCAUAUGUAUGAGGGAUGCUGUUGAUAUUUCUCACCACUUCUUGAUAUAGUAACAGAUUAUCCAGCACAGCUGCUGUAAGGAUCACUUUAUUCCUGAACAAACACUUAAGUGCAGAAUUAACAACGUUAAUAAAUCAAAAUGCAGAAUAAUAGGCUUUAAAAGUGUGUGCAUGUGUGUGGACUGUGAGUGCGGGAACACUGGCACCGUAGGUUGGACUAGACAGCAUUAAGGAUUGAACUUGGUUUUCUGAAAGAUCCCAACGAAUAGAAAUGGAAAUUUCCAAAUAUCUUCUUGUUUCCAUCAUUUAAUUUUUGUUGUCGUGGAUGUUUUGUCCAAUUAGUCCUUGUGUCCCAUUUUCCAUGGCCUUACUGACCCAUGUCUCCAUUUCUCACCCAUUUCUCUGCUAGUCUUUGUGUUUUGUUGUUCUUUAUUGUAAUCAAUAUUGGUUUGAAAGUGUGCAGAACCAUUUUGACUGGAUGAAUUAAUGGGAAGCAGAGAGUUUGUGUGCUGUUCACUGUCUGUACAUCUAACUCUUCUGCUAUCACACACUAUACAAUUCUAUGCAUCAGUUUAGGAACAUAUGGAGAAACAUAAACAUGCAUAAUGUCUAAAUGAUGAGGGAUCAGAAUGAGUGCUGCGUGAACUGCACAUGCCCGAAAGCUGUGAUGGUGUGAGCAUUGAGAACAGACAAAGAAUUCUCCUAUUGUGGAGAGGGUAUGGGGUCUAUCAGAAAGCUCUCUGACUGGGACGGAUGAUGUAGUUCAGAUUAGCCAGCUGGACGGGAGUUUAUGCAGCCAAGCUUUUCUUAAUGAGGAUGGAGACUGUUGUCCAGAUGGAAGCCAUCUUCAAAGAAAGCUUCAGUACCUGGGUUUAUAUUACAGGAACAGCCACACAUACUGUUUCUGCUGUCUUCACAUUUUCUGUUGUUUUCCUUCUUUUUUUUUUUUUUUUUCUUCUUUCACUGUAUGAUCAAAUGCUAACGUGUACCAUAAAUAGUGUAUCAUUUUACAAUAUUCAUUUCUAAAUGUUUUGAGGGAUAUAAUCCUGGAGCAGUCAGAGUCAUGUGCGGACAUCGGCGCUGGGUUAUUGUCUACCCUGGUCUUGUUUUUCUAGUGAAAUAGCCUAUGUACAGUGAAAGCAUACGGUAAGAGUAGCGGAAAAGAUUUAGAACUGCCGAUUUCUAACCAUUUUCAAGCAUGUGCAGGAUUGUGACCUGAAAAGCAAUCAACACUGAAUACCUUGUCAUCACAUGUAUUUACAUGUACAGAAUUAAAAAUCACAUUUUAAACAUGA